CCCAGCCCCUUUGUUCGAUCCAGUCGGUGGGUUGAGUCAGAGACGGGAGGCCGAGCUGGACCCAAUAAACCACCAGCACCGGCGGAACCAGAGCGGAGGAGAUACCGAACCGGAUAAACAGGACUAAAAAAAAUCAACGGAAAAAAACUUUGACUGAAAGUAUUUCUGAAACGGUUCGGCUUCUUUAAGAGUCGUUUUUCUUCGACAUCCUUUCCUAGCCGUCUUAGCUAUCGCCCUGGAGCAUGAACCGGCAGGCUGACGGCUGCUAACCCCACACCGGUCUGUCUCCAUCACCCACGCUGAUCCACGCUGAUUCUCCCCUUUCAGUUUUUUUUUCUUGGCUCAGCAUCCAUAUUUGCAUCCCAGGGAGUGGCAGGCACUAAUCCGCCCUGUCUCUCCCCCUCCUCCGCCGGUGAGGACCUAGAAGUUAGCCGCUUCUCGGACACCUCUCGGACUCUGCAUUUCCACACAGGAAGCUAAACAUGGAGAACAACAGCCUCCGCUCUUUGAUCUAGUACCGGAUCCGUACGCCUCCAGACGAUCGCUCCAGAUCCCCGCCGCCUCCCUGCUCCUGUAAAAUGAACAUGCUGAAAUCCAGUGGACUGAAGAUUCCCGGCCGUGGGGCCAAGCAUUCCAGCCCGGUGGGACGGAGCUCCGUGGGCGGAACGUCCAGCCCCGUCGCCACUAAAGACAGCACUCCACCGAAGGCUGCCGCUCCGGCUAAAAUCUCAGAGGAAGGCGAUGAUGUUGUAGGAGACUACACUGUUGGCGAACAGGUGUGGGUCAACGGCGUCAAACCUGGAGUCAUCUCCUACCUGGGGGAGACCCAGUUUGCCCCCGGACAGUGGGCCGGAGUCAUACUGAACGACCUAGUUGGCAAGAACGACGGGUCGGUGGGCGGCGUGCGCUACUUCGAGUGCCAGCCCCUCCAGGGCAUCUUCACACGGCCCUCCAAGCUCACCCGACAGCCGGUCGGAGAGGGGAGCGACAGCCACUCCACCGACUCGGCCCAGAAUCAGACUCACCAAGGUGGCGGUGGCGCCCCUGCUGGCCAGAGGGUGGUGGUGCCGCUCAGAGAAGGGCUCCUCAACAGCGCAGUGAAAACAGGAAAUGAGUCUGGCUCCAACAUGUCGGACAGCGGCUCGGUUAAGAAAGGCGGAGAUAAAGACCUGAGAGUUGGAGAUCGAGUUCUGGUGGGAGGCUCGAAGAUGGGAGUAAUACGUUACAUGGGGGAAACGGACUUCGCCAAGGGUGAAUGGUGCGGGGUGGAACUGGAUGAGCCCCUGGGGAAGAACGACGGUGCAGUCGCUGGUACAAGAUACUUCCAGUGCCUUCCAAAGUUUGGCCUGUUUGCUCCCAUCCACAAGGUGAUCCGCAUUGGUUUCCCCUCCACCAGCCCGGCCAAGUCCAAGAAGAGCAAGCGGGUGGCCAUGGGGGUCUCCUCUCUGGCCCACAGCCCCAGCAGCUCCUCCAUCAGUUCAGUCAGCUCGGUGGCCUCCUCUGUGGGUGGACGCCCGAGCCGAGCUGGACUGCUGACGGAGACGUCGUCGCGCUACGCCCGGAAGAUCUCGGGCACCACGGCGCUGCAGGAGGCCCUGAAGGAGAAGCAGCAGCACAUCGAGCAGCUGCUGGCCGAGAGGGACCUGGAGCGCGCCGAGGUUGCCAAGGCAAACAGCCACAUCUGCGAGGUGGAGAAGGAGCUGAGCGUCCUCAAGGCUCAGCAUGUGCAGUACGUGACGGAGAACGAGAGCGCCCUCCAGCAGGUCCAGACCAUGUUGGCCAGCACACAGAAAGACAAGCUGGAACUGGCCAAUCAGCUCGAAGAGGAGAAGAGGAAGGUAGAGGACCUCCAGUUCAGAGUGGAAGAAGAGUCCAUCACCAAAGGAGACCUGGAGACUCAGACGAAAUUGGAACAUGCCCACAUUCGUCAGCUUGAGCAGAGUCUGCUGCUCGAAAAAUCGAGAGCAGCGGCGCUCCAGAAAGAAUUAGAGAGGCGAAGGCAAACCACCGUAGAAGAGCAGAGUCACAUCAUGCAGCUGGAGGAGGAGCUCGCCCUCCGAAGGGCUGAAAUCAAAGACCUCCAGGGUCAGCUCAGGCGGAUCGACGCGGGCUCCCAGCAGGAGGCCCCGGGGACCGACGCCAAGCCGGAGACCGUCCUGCUGCGUGAGCAGCUGCUGACGGUGGGCCGCGAGCACCACAAGGAGAGCAGCGAGCUCAAAGAAAAAUACGAGACAGCGUUGGCGGCAAGCCAACAGGAGGUGGAGUCGCUGAGGACGGUUGUGGAGAAACAGAGCGCUGAGAUCGGCGAGAUGAAGCAGAAAGUCCAACAAGCCACCAAGGAGAACAUGGAAAUGAUGGACUCCUGGAAGGCUAAGUUUGACAUGUUGGUGACUGACCAUCAGCAAUCCUUGAAGGAGCUGAAGGCAUCGCUGAGCAGAGGUCAGUCUGCUCCACAAGGCCAGGAGCAGGACGCCCAGGAGCUAAGGACCACUCUGGAGAGCCUAAAGAUGGAGCACCAGCUGGAGGUGGAGAACUUGAAGGCCAAACACAAGAUCGAAGCCGCCGUUCUGAUCAAGGAGCGCGAGGAUCUCUGCAAUCGCCUUCAGGAGGCCAGAGACCAGCUGAACGGAGGCAGGUCUGACAUGGAGGCUCAGAGCAGCAAGGCGGCGCUGAGCGAGGCCUCCCUGAAGCUGCAGAGGGCGGAGGCCAGGCUGGCAGAGAUGGAGGUGCUCCAGGUGGAGCGGGACAAAACAACAACAGCACUUCGAGACAGACUGGAGCUGUCAGAGAAGAUGAUGACGGACUACCAGGCCCUGCAGAAGGCCCAGGCUGAGAGCCAGGAGGAGAUCCAGAAACUGGAGGAGAAGCUGAGGGUGACGGCAAACCAGCUGCAGGCUGUGCAGGCAGAUCACUUUAAACCUCACGAUGCAAACAUGAUUGAAGAUAAUGAAAUUUCAGAUGAGAAGAAGAAGCUGAAACAGAAUAUUGAAGAAACGAUGGAGAAGUUGAUGAAAAAGGAAAAAGAAGUCUUCACACUCUCUUCCCAGGUCGAAGCUCUAAAAACACAGAUUGGAGCUCUGGAAAAUAAAGUUCGCUCUGGGGAAAAGAAAUUCGAAGCUUUAGCCAAGGAGAAGAUGCGUGUGGAGGCGGAGCUAGAGGCCAUGACCAAGAAGUCCCAUGAUGCAUCAGGGCAGCUGGUCAGCAUAAGCCAGGAGCUGCUGAAGAAAGAAAGGAGUCUGAAUGAACUGCGGGUGUUACUCCUGGAGUCCCACCGCCACUCUCGGGACGUGGAGAAAGACCUGAGCCGAGAGGUGCACAAGGCUGAGUGGAAGGUCAAGGAGCAGAAACUUCAGGACGACAUAAAAACCCUGAGAGAAAAACUGCUUCUGCUGGGAAGGGAGCGGUCCUCUCCUGACCACCGGCGGUACUCCAUGCUCGACCCGUCGGCUCUGGACUCGGAGGUUAGCCGCCUGCGCCAGCGGCUGCUCAACACCGAGGACGCCCUGAGGAACGCCCUGGAGCACAACCAGCAAGUCGACAAGCUUGUCCAGGCCAUGCGAAGACAUCCAGAUAAGAGCCAGGUUCUAGGUGCAAAUUCAGCGAAUGGAAUUCACCACCAGGAAUCAGACAUCACUCAAGAGGAACAGCACUGAUGGGGGCAGCAGCGAUGAUGGGGCGGGCGACUCCAACGUGAACCCAGACUGACGUUGGGACCUUCAGACGGGAGCAGAGCGUCUCCCGAUGCUGCGUCAAAUGCCUGAAAAACACUUCCGUUUACAGUCAAUGAAUACCAAAACAGUGAAUUUAUAUGUUGUUGCAGAAUGCACCUAAUAGCCAAUCACGAAGAUCACUUAAAGUACUAUAAAGUAUGGGACAUGAAGAGAUAUUAUCAGUGAAAUAACUGCUGAGAGCUCGAGAGAAUGGCAGCUUUGGAUGCUUUACAGUAGUUAGGAAGCUUCGUUCAACAAGUCAGCGGGAAGAGCUAUUGGACUGACUCUUGGUCGCUUUCUUUGUUUUAUUUAUUGCUGUUAUUUUUGACAUUUUGCUUUCUAAUAAUUCUCUGUACUGCUCAAAGAAACACCCGAAUUCUGACGUUUCUAUUAGAUUCUGACUCAAUCUGAUGUCACCGAACUGUAAAGGUCAAAACUCCCUCUGUAACGCACACAAGCAACAGAAAUGUUAUCUCUGUUUAAUCCCUUCAUGAUUGUAGUCAGGUUGUAUGCAUUGUAUGAAUCUUAGAUUUCCCUUUUUUUAACAUCCCUAUGAAUGAACCAAGCGUGGCCCAAAUAGAACAGAGCAGAAUUUGCAGCGUAUCCUUUUCAAAAUCAGUCGCAACAAAAGUGCAGAAACCGACCAACAAGUCACUCUAACCUAAAUAAACAGAGUUACCAGGAGCAA